UUCGCUGACAAAUGAGACGAUUUCUCAGCAGCCUUGUUCUUCUGUUUCAAAUGUCCUCAAUUCGUCUUCAAAAAGCAACAAAUCCGGAAUAGCAUCCGAUUCCCCAAUCUAUUGAGUAGCUGUACGUUGUUGUUCGGAACAAACAUGGGAGGGGACAAAAGAUCCAAUUCGCCGAACAGAAAGAAGAGAGGUCGCCCAGUGAAGGAUCUGGGCAGUUCAAGCGUAUCAGAAGAGCGAAGACUACAAGUUCGGAGGGCGCAAGAAUCAUAUCGAAAUCGGAGGGAGGCAGCAAGGAAGGCAUUGGAGCAAAGGAUCCUCUUUCUUGAGGAGAGUCUCGAAGACAUCAGCAACGCCUUCAUAAAUUUCACGGAAUUGAUGCUGAAGGCAGAAGCAAUACGACGAAGUCCGGAAAUCCUACAGAAUUUACUAACGACAACCUCGAGUAUUACCCGUCUUGCUAAGGCUGCAACUCAAGAGCUCAGGGAAACCCCCAAAGAUGGGGGGGAAGAGAAUGACAUGCGUCCAUCGCGAGAAGAACUGGUUUCAGCUGCUAGGGAACGAUCACCAUCUAUUUUACCUGAAUCCUCAGGAUCUGAUAUCUCGGCCUCGAAUCUCGCGGCAUCAGGCGGUCUGUUACCUGAGAGUCAUAUUUUUGGUAAUGGUUGGUUUAGUCUAAAACCUUUUUUAUCACACCUUUCGCUUAGAGGCGCAAGUCCAAGCGAUCCUAAAGGCGACUUUGCUUUCAAGUUGAUUGAAACAACUUUGAAUAUGGCGUACAAUUCCCUCGUCGACUACCACGAUGAUCCAACGUCUUUUAUCAUCAGGAUGUGUCGAUAUGCUUUGCUAUACCACAGCAUGGAGGAAAUCCUGUUCAAUCUGCGUUGGUUCCUCGGGCCUGGAUUUCUUGCCAUGCAAUCGCUUUCCCGAGCAAAUUUCGGGUUUGAUCAUACCUUAUCAGCGCAAUCCUUCAAUGCCAUUGCGUCCAGCAACGAAGCAAAGGUUCUCAGCCCCUUUGUUGACGCACAAGCGCUGGUUGAAUCUCGGAAUAAAAGUCCGCAGCUUGCUUUCAUGAAUGCUUUGGAUGUUGAGGAGUACCUCAAGAGUAAGGGGGCAGUCCAUCUGAGCCAGGAUAUUGUGCAACUCCAGGUUCAGGGCUUGAGCGAAGCUGAAGGAACCGGGAGCUAUCUGUUGGACUUCGAUGAGGUUCGACCACAAAUCGACCCCCCUGCAAAUGAUCAAUAUCUCAAUCCGAUACUUGGGCCAGCAGAGCAACAGAUGUUUGGGAUGCUAGAAGUCAUACCGAUGGACUCCUAUUUCACAUCAAACAGCUCGCCAACAGAGUUUCAAACUCCCCCCUUUCUCGGCAAUGGCGCCAAUAACCCAAGCUCCAACGCUUCAACCAACAAUCUCGAUUUGUUUGACUUCGACACUUUGUUGUCGGACCCCGAAAGAAUGUCAAGCGAACCUGGACGAAACAUCUCAACAAGACCCAAAACAUUGUCGGUCCAAAGUCGAACUGUGUCUCUCUGCCGAUCAUCACUUCUGGAAAACUUGGCUAGGAGCUCCAUCUGCCUUGGUACCGGCCCUGCGUUUCCACGAGCAUCUGUCGACAUGGCGAUCGAGUCAGCUAUCUAUCACACUCCAGUCUUCUGAUAAAUGGAAUUCAGGGAUAUCAAAUUACAUGUUCGACAUAUUCUGUUUUUCGUUCGGCGGAGUCGUAAGAAUCAUCUUGCUCGCAACAUGGCGGCAGAAAGAAGCGAGGGUGUGGUCUGAAAUACGGGCUAUUGAGGUUGGAUUGGAGGAUCGUUUCUGCUUGUUUAAAUGAUUGGACGUUAUCCU